AUGCAGUUGCUCACUACUCUGUUGAUCUCGACUUUUGUGAUCUCUGCUUCAGCAGUCGCAGUCGAUACACCUCCCCCUUUCAUCCAGCAGAGACCCCCUACUCCUCCUCCCAACUCCAUUUGUCACUGUCAGGACCCACGCGGUUCGAAUGUUAACUCCAAGACGGAGUACUGUUGUAUGAAAUACAGUGCAGCCUCAGGGACGGCCAAAACCGGCCAGGCUGUGUGUCAACAUUUCAAGAACAAGGCGGCUAAGAACGGGUUUAUGGAAUGUUGCCAGCCAUCGCCAGGCACGCUUGCUGACAUCCGCUUUACGAACGGGAAACCUGCCCUCGAUGACUUUGCGGUCUGCACAUGA